AUGGCGUCCCUUCUCUCCCAUCCCACCCUCAUUCUUGGUCUUUUGGCCGCACAAUCCUUUGCAGUUCCUGCGCCUCUCCCUUCCGCCACAAAUGCCCCCGUCAAGCGCACCGACCUGUCCUGCUGGGACAAGGCCAGUGACGGCCAGGUUUUCCAGGCCACCAAUGCCCAAUGGGACAUCGUCUGCGGCUCCGACUAUGCCGGCGGCGACAUGGGCACCUCUUGGGUGAACUCUUUCGAAGAGUGCAUCCAGGACUGCGACGCCACCACCGACUGCGUUGACGUCUCCUUCGUGUGGCCCAAUGCUUGUUACAAGAAGAACGUCCUGGGCACUGCCUCUGCUGUCGAUUCUGUCUGGACCGCACGCAAGAAGUCGUCCGGCACCGGCUCCAGUACCUCCGCUUCCACUGCUCUGUCUUGCGACAACAGUGCCAGCGACGGCGUCAAGUACACCUCCUCCAAGGGCACCUUCCUCGUCGAGUGCGGCGUCGACUAUGCUGGUGGCGACAUGGGCUCCUCCAACACUGCUUCGUUCGCCGCCUGUAUCGAGGACUGUGCCUCGACCGACGGCUGCAUCGACGUCAGCUACGUGACCGGAUCUUGCUACAAGAAGAACGUCCUCAACGACCCCGUCUCGCUCAGCUACGUCUGGUCCGCCAAGCUGGUUGCAUCCGACACGGAUUCGUCGUCCACUGCUACCAUCACGUCCGCCGCCACCACCGCGGCCGCCACUGCCACGGCAACCGCCCUCACCUGCCCCUCCAGCAACGGCACCAUCACUGGCAUGUCGACUGGCGGCACCUACGAGAUCCUCUGCGCCAUCGACUAUGCCGGCGGUGACUUCAAGGAGGUUGACACUCCCACCUUCGAGGAGUGUCUCGAGGCUUGCGACGACAACGAGGGAUGCGUUGCCAUCUCCUACGUCGCGCCGUCUUGUUACCUCAAGAGCGAGCUGAUGACCCCGGUCGCCGUCUCGUACGUCUGGGGUGCCGUGGUCAAGAAGUCGGCCAAGGACAUCUACACCUUCCCCACCGUCGCCGACCAGCCCCUCGAGGCGGGUGCCACUGAAUCCAUGAUGGGCGAGCCCAUGACGCUCGAGAGCCCGCCUCUCGCCACCCUCGGCCCCGUCGCCCCCCCGGGCAUCAACAUGGGCGGUCUCAAGGUGCUCACCCCCGACCCGACCACCGAGCUGUGGUACAACGGCGACGACGACGCCAUGGCCGACGAAGACUCGGGCGCCGUCACGGUGCGGCUGACCAUCGAGUACAUGUACCCGUCCGUCGUGCUGGACCACUCCAUGUACAUCACCUCCAUCUCCUGCGCCGGCGGCGUCCUCACCGGCACCUUCACUGAGCAGACGCCCUUCCUGCACGCGGCGACCGAGUGGCCCGCUCAGGCGCCCAUCCUGCUCAUCAGCAGCGAGUCGAGCUGCGGCAACGGCGCGCAGAACGCCUUUUGGCUCGCCAGCUCCGUCUCCUUCGACCUGGGCGCCAUGACCUUCAGCGCGCCCGGCGAGUCGGUCGAGCUCGCCGACAUCUACUCCAACAUGGACAUCGACUUUGGCAACAUCGACUACGACACCGACGCCGACAACAGCACCUCUUCCGACGACGGCACCACCAGCUGCGGCAGCCCCAGCUCGCCCUUCCUCGACGAUCUCCCCGCCGUCGACUGCGGUGCCGAUUUCGACCAGGCCCUCGACGACGCGCUCGGCUACUACUCGGCCAACGGCGCCGACCAGCAGAUCGUUCUCGCCGCUGCCGGUGUGCCGGCGGAUGACGAGUCGAACCUGGCCAAGCGUGGAUGGUUCACCUCGCUCAUCAAGGCCGUCGUCAAGGUCGCCGUCGCCGUCGUCAAGGUCGUCGCCGUCGUGGUCCAGGCGGUUGCCAACGUCGUUGUGGCCGUCGUGACAAAGGCGGUCGAGGUGGUCAAGGUCGUGGUCCAGGCCGUCGUCGCCGUCAGCAUUGCCGUCGUCACCCAGGUGGCCAAGCUCGCCGUCUUCAUCGCCACGGGCAACUACAGCAACUCGCUCACCCUGCCCGUCAGCCUCGGCCCGCCCGCUUCCGUCCUCACCGAGUCUCCGUGGGGAACCGACGGCUUCAAGUUCUACGAGUACACCCCUGAGGAGGGUGGUUCCAAGUGGGAGGCUUCGGCCGCCGCCCUGGAGAAGAUCCAGACCGAGCUGGUCGGCGAGGCUGACCCCGAGCCCGGCAUUGAGCUCUGGUGUGUCGACUGCGGCGUCAGGGGCAAGAUCGUCGCCACCGGUUCCAUCAGCGCCACCCCCCUCUCCGGUCUGAAGAAGGGUUCCAUCGGCAUCUCUGGUAACAUGUAUGCCGGUGUCUUCCUUGGCGUCAACGCCUUCACCCAGUGGGAGAAGACUGUGCGCAAGGACCUGUUCGUCAAGGGCCUGCCCGGAUGGUCCAUUCCCGGCAUUGUCUCGCUCGGCCCGCGUCUCAUUCUCGCUGCCCAGGCCACCAUCAGUGUCGAGGCCGAGGGCCAGCUGCUGACUGGCGCCAGCCUGAACUGGCCCAACUUCCAGGCCACGCUGGACUUUGUCGACAAGUCGCAGUCGUCGCAGUCUGGCUGGACGCCCGAGCUCACCAAGAAGUUUGAGGCCCACGGCGAGGUCACGGCCACGGCCGCCCUCGGCCUUCCCGUCAUUGUCAACUUCGGCAUCAACAUCCUCAACGGCGUCUUCGAGAAGGGCAUCAACCUGACAGACUUCCCUGCCAUCACCGCCGAGGCCACCUUCGAGGCUGAUUUCGGAACCGACAAGAACCAGCUUGGCAGCGACGACUGCGAGGGCAUCGACUGGGACAUCUCGCUCACCAACGAGCUCCGCCUCGACGUCAGCGACGGCCCGGGCUUCACUCUCAAGCAGUGGGCUUCGCCUGCUCUUGCCAGCGGAUGUAUCGGCGCCAGCCGUGAUGGCGAUGACUCUGACGACGAGGCCACCACCACGACCUCGGCCGAGGUCCCGGAGCCUACCGUCGAGGACCUCAGCCUCAAGUGCCCUGCCGCGGAUGGAACCACGUACACGGACCCGAACCUGAACACUUACACCAUCAAGUGCCACAUCGACGCUCCCGGCGGCGAGAUUGCAACCUCUCUUCAGAGCAACUUCGACGACUGCAUUGCCUACUGCGGCGCCAUGUCCGGAUGCAUCGGCGUCUCCUGGGUUCCCAACCGCUCGACGUCGAACAACUGCUUUGCCAAGUCCGUCAUCGGCACCCAGUACAACUCGGACACCAACUCUGGAUACGAGAUCGACAUGGCCAUCAUGAACAACCCCUUCACCAUCCUGAGCAUGAUUUACGCAGACAGAGACAUCACCGCCGCCGCCAACAACAACAUCGUCAAGGGCCAGCAGCUCGUCAUCAACACGAACACCAUUUCGUCGUGGGCCGGAGAUCCAUGGGGUGGCAACACCAAGAGCAUCUUCCUGCUCUACAUGUACGGCGCUGAGACCAGGACCUUCGUCAGCCACGAUGGCCAAGGCACCUUCACCAUCAACCCCGGCUCGGUGCAAUGGCCGUCGGAAAUCGUUCCCACCACCGGUCAGUCGUGGGGUGUCUACAACCUCCAGAUCGUUGCCGUCGCGUAUGGUAUCAACGCCAUCACCAGCACCAGUGUCUGGUCCAACAUCUACUACGCCGCCCGCUACUCCGGCCAGUGGCAGUUCACCAACUCCAACUUCCAGUGGGACACCUGGCCGGGCGUCGUCAAGUCCGGUAUCAUCUGGUACAAGGAUCUCGAGACUGGCUCCUUCUACUCCAUGGCCGUUCGCGAGAACAACUGGGGUGGAUUCGCCCAGGUCAAGGCCCGCAAGCGUGACCUCGAGCUUGGCGCUGGCCCCUACAGCAACAGCACCGACUCCAACUCGACCAUCACGAGCAGCGUCGCUACUUCGGAGUCUACUCCUUCCAGCUCUGGCUCGAUCUUGCUGUCGGAUGAGAUCAUGAACAGCAUCGCUGCUUCGGAGUCCACUCCUUCCAGCCCGAGCUCUGUCUUGUUGUCUGAUGAGAUCAUGAGCAGCACCGCUACUCCCGCGUCCACUCCUUCCGGCUCGAGCUCUGUCUCGCAGUCGGAUGAGAAUAUGAGCAGCGUCGCUACUUCCCAGUCCACUCCUUCUGGCUCGAGCUCUGCCAUGCUGUCGGACGAGAUCAUGAGCAUCAUCGCUACCACCACCGGCUCGGAGUUCCCCCAGAUGACCCUGACCAGCGGCGCCGGCACCAGCUCCAACUCGACGGAUUCGUCGGUCGAGUUCUCUCAGCUCACACCAUCCAACGCCACCAGCGACAGCAACUCGACUAGUAGCUCUUCGUCCGAGUUCCCUCAGCUCACGCCUUCCAGCGGCACCAGCGACAGCAACUCGACUAACACCUCUUCGUCCGAGUUCCCUCAGCUCACGCCGUCCAGCGGCACCAGCGACAGCAACUCGACCAGCACCUCUUCGUCCGAGUUCCCUCAGCUCACGCCGACCAACGGCACCAGCGACAGCAACUCCACCAGCUCCGCUUCGUCCGAGUUCCCUCAGCUCACGCCGACAAACGGCACCAGCGACAGCAACUCCACCAGCUCCGCUUCGUCCGACUUCCCUCAGCUGACGCUCGUCAACGCCACCAGCGACAGCUCCAACUCCACCUCCGACUUCCCUCAGCUGGUCCUCACCAACUCGACCAGUGACAGCUCCAACUCGACCACCGACUUCUCCCAACUCUCCCUCACCAACUCCACCAGCGACAGCUCCAACUCCACCACCUCCGACUUCCCCCAGCUGACCCUGACCAACUCCACCACCACCUCCAACUCCACCACCGACACCAACUCCACCGACGUCUCCACCACCUCCUUCACCCUCCGCGACACCACCCAAACCCUCCUCGUCAACCCGGGCACAAACGGCAACCUCUUCCUCUCCGUCCUCGCCGACACCGCCACCGACCUCUCCAACUUCACCGACCCCGGCACCGCCUUCACCGGCCUCUCCUCCGACCCCACCACCCCCUCCAUCUUCGGCGACACCUCCUCCCGCCUCCUCCACUACUACCCCACCGUCAUGGCCAAGACCGGCGCCUCCCGCCUGCGCCUCGCGACCUGGGACGACCUGCCCAACGGCGCGAAGCUCAUCACGCUGACGCGCGUGGAGACGGGUGGAGUUAGUAUGUUGUUGGCGAUCGACGCCGACGGCGCGUACUUCUGGCCGUUCUUCUGCGGCAUCAAGGGGCAGCUGAACAAGGUGUUCCUCGUCAGCGACCCGGAUGCGGGCGCGGCGGCGCUCGAGGCGGCGGAUAUGAAGUUUACGGUUACGGGGGGCGAGGCGUAUAGCUGUAAUCCGUUGGCGUUGGAGGCGGUGGAGGUGGGUGCGGCGUAG